AUGGUUUUCAAAGUUCCUGUCGGCCUUUUUGGCGGAGCAAAACAGAUGAUGAGGCUGCCUGCAAGCAGCAGAACAAUCGUAGGCCAAGGGCUCUCAGCUGCUGGUUCGCAAUUGAGAAUGGCCUCCACCAAGACAAUGACUGUUAGAGAUGCAUUGAACAGCGCUAUGGCCGAAGAAAUGGACCGUGAUGACGAUGUGUUCAUCAUUGGUGAAGAAGUGGCCCAGUACAACGGUGCGUACAAAGUGACCAAGGGUUUGUUGGACCGUUUUGGUGAACGUCGUGUUGUGGACACUCCUAUCACUGAAAUGGGGUUCACCGGUUUGUCUGUGGGCGCUGCGCUCAAGGGUCUAAAGCCCAUCGUGGAAUUCAUGUCUUUCAACUUUUCGAUGCAAGCCAUCGACCAAGUUGUCAACUCUGCUGCUAAGACAUACUACAUGUCUGGUGGUACCCAGAAGUGCCAGAUCGUCUUUAGAGGUCCCAACGGUGCUGCCGUCGGUGUCGGUGCCCAGCACUCUCAGGACUUCUCUGCCUGGUACGGUUCGAUUCCAGGUAUGAAGGUCUUGGUGCCUUACUCUGCCGAAGAUGCCCGUGGUUUGUUGAAGGCCGCCAUUAGAGACCCCAACCCUGUCGUUUUCUUGGAAAACGAGCUCUUGUACGGUGAAUCUUUCGAAGUUUCCGAGGAGUGUUUGUCCACUGACUUCACUUUGCCCUACACCGCCAAAGUCGAACGUGAAGGUACUGACAUUUCCAUUAUCACCUACACCAGAAAUGUUCAAUUUUCCCUACAGGCCGCUGAAACUUUGGAGAAGCAACACGGUAUCUCCGCAGAAGUGAUCAACUUGCGCUCUAUUAGACCUAUGGACGUUGACACCAUCGUCAAAUCUGUCAAGAAGACCAACCACUUGAUCACCGUUGAAUCUACUUUCCCUAACUUUGGUGUUGGUUCCGAAAUUGUGGCCCAAAUCAUGGAGUCGGAAGCCUUCGACUACCUUGACGCCCCAGUGCAAAGAGUCACUGGUGCCGAUGUUCCAACUCCUUAUGCCAAGGAAUUGGAGGACUUUGCCUUCCCAGACCCUGACGUGAUUGCUUCCGCCGUCAAAAAGGUUCUAUCCGUUGAAUAA